GAACAAGUGUUCCCGUUCCCCAUUCUCGUGAAGUUUCUUCUUCCGUUUCUCAUGCCCUGAAGGGUAAUUUGAUUUCAUCUUCUAUAACUGUAUUAGCUUGACUAAAGGGGAGACGGGGAGUGGGGCUUGAUUAACUUGCGGGGCUCUACGCAACUUCCAUAGUGUGUGUAUAGGGCGAUCCGGCCCUGUUCUCAUCAAUGGGGGAGAUGUCGAUGUCGAUGGCUGUACUCGCUCUGGUCUCAGUUAUUUCUGUCAGUGUCCCCUCAGCACCUGUUGCUGCCCAGAUCAGGCUGGUGAAUGGAAAGAGUCGGUGCUCAGGUCGAGUGGAGGUGUAUCUCUCUAACCAGUGGGGAACUGUGUGUGAUGAUGGCUGGGACAUGAGUGAUGCUGAGGUGGUAUGCAGAGAGCUGGGAUGUGGCUGUGCUAUAAAUGCCCCUUGGUCAGCCUUCUAUGGUGCAGGGACUGGAUAUAUUUUGAUGGAUGAUGUUGCAUGCUCUCUAACUGAACAGUCUCUGACCCAGUGCUCCUACAAUAGCAACCCUGACUGUAAGCAUGAAGAGGAUGUAGGGGUGGCUUGUACCGCUACAGGUCCCUCCAUCUCUCUCAUCUCCUCAUACUCAACAGUCUCAGCUGGAGAAACUGUUCAGAUCAGAUGUUCUAGGAGUGCAAGCCGGUGCAAUGGCAACUUACUUCUGUACAGAAAUGGAGUCAAUGUGAAUUCAAAGGCUCUUAAUUCCUCCCAGAGCAGCGCUACGUUUACUCUGUCUAAUGUGGACUCCUCUCACCAGGGCAGUUACACAUGUGCCUACUCCUCCUCCUCUACUCAUAGCAGGUCCAUUAACAUCACUGUAGUGGUAGGCCUACUACAGAAGCCAAGCAUUUUCCUGGAAACCAGCAAAGAGGUUUCUUGGGGUCGGUUUGCCCAGAUGAGGUGCUCCAUCUCCACACAGCACCUGGGUGGUACAUUCACCCUACAGCAGCUCUCUGGGUCAUUUACAGAGACAAAGAUCUCCACUGGAACUUCUGCCCUCUUCACCAUUCCUCAAGUGGACUUUAUCCAUGAAGGAGACUACUACUGCCGGUAUCAAACAAGGGUUUCUAGACGUGAAUUCACAUCCCCCCAAAGUGCUACUGUCAGCUUCUCUGUAAUAGUUGUACUAGAGCAGCCAAUUCUUUCACUGGGAACCAGCAAAGAGGUUUCUUGGGGUCAGUCUGCCCAGAUGAGGUGCUCCAUCUCCACACAGCACCUGGGUGGUACAUUCACCCUACAGCAGCUCUCUGGGUCAUUUAAAGGGACAAAGAUCUCCACUGGAGCCUCUGCCCUCUUCACCAUUCCUCAAGUGGACUUUAUCCAUGAAGGAGCCUACAACUGCCAGUAUAAAACUAGGGUUUCCACACGUGAAUUCACAUCCCCCCAAAGUGCUACCGUCAGCCUUUCUGUAAUAGUGGUGCUUGUGCAGCCCAACAUCUCUCUCAGUGCCCCAGAUGGAGGGCUGUUCUGGGGGCCUCAGGGGCCAGAGGUGACCAGGGGCCACAGUCUCUCCCUCAUCUGCUCUUCUGAGCCACAGCACCAAGGAGGCUCCUUCCACCUCAUCUUUGAUGGGUCUAACAGGACCAGGACUCAGCUCGCCAUCAACCACUCAGCCUCCUUCUACAUUCCUGAGGCAGACUACUCCCACCAGGGCAACUACAGCUGUGUCUAUGAGGUCACUGUGUCCAGCCGCACAUUCAAUUCAACACAGACAGCACCACUGACAGUCAUCGUAAGAGCAUCUCUGGCUCCCAUCAUUGCAUCUGGAGUGAUUUCAGGGUUGUUCCUACUGUUGCUGAUCCCUGCCAUCCUGUACCUGGUGAAGAAAAAACAUUUAGGUUCUGCAAACACAUACAGAUUUCACAAUGGACCAGGUGAGUCUCGUGAUGAAGGUGAGAACAUAUAUAUCUAUGGAGACCUGGAAGAAGACAUGAAUGUAGAAGAGCUGCAUGGCCCAACUGUCAUAGACAACGACUAUGAUGAGGAUGACUAGCAAAGGUUGAUCUAGCAAAACUAUAACUAAGACUGGUUUGAUAUAUGUGGAUUUGAAAGCGGUUCUGUCAGUAUCCCUGUCCUGAGACUCACUUGUUCACUUGUAGCCCUCUGCUGGCCCUCUCUGUGUUUUGACUGUCUCCGUCUGCCUUUGGUUUGGUCCACCAUGAGCUUUUUUCUCCUUCCUGCCAAUUUUGAUCCCCACCCCAUUGUGAUCAAUUAGCCGUAUAGUACAGCACUCACUGAUGCACUUACUGUACU